UGAAAUAAAAAGUCCAACGAUUAAGUAGCAAAAAUGAAUUAUUCUUUUCCAUCGUUAUCUAGUGUUGCGGCCAGCGUACUUGCCAUUUUAACUCCAUUAUUAAUCUACACUUCCUUUGUGAUAUCAAAAAUGGCAAGGAAUAAUAAGCGACUACCACCUAAAGCUGAUGGCGGAUGGCCUUUUAUCGGCCACCUUCAUCUCCUUGCAGGGUCACAGCCAGCUCACAUAACCCUGGGAAACAUGGCUGAAAAGUACGGGCCAAUAUUCACUAUCAAGCUGGGUGUCCAUCCGACGUUGAUUGUAAGCAGUCGAGAGAUGGCUAAAGAGUGCCUGACUACGAACGACAAAGCGUUUGCCAGUCGUCCUAAAGGUCUAGCCAUGGAAAUCCUGGGCUAUAACUAUUGCAUGGUUGGUUUCAGUCCAUAUGGAGACUACUGGCGCCAUAUGCGCAAAAUAAUAACUCUUGAGCUUCUCUCAAAUCAUCGACUAGAGAUGCUAAAGAAUGUGAGAGAGGCAGAGGUAAAAAUGGCCAUAAAAGGGCUAUACAAAGAAUGGAUAAAGAACAAAACUAAUUCCGAUAAAAUCUUGGUGGAGCUGAAGACAUGGUUUUGGGACAUAACUUUAAACGUGAUAUUGAAGAUAAUUGUACAGAAACGUUAUGUGGAGGAGUACAAAAACGGAUGCAGCGAAGGUCAAGAUAGCAGCACAUGGAGAGAUGCAUUAAGGGAAUUUAUGGAAUUGUCUGGAAAGUUUUCGGUUUCGGAUGCGCUUCCAUAUUUAAGGUGGUUGGAUUUGGGAGGAGUUGAAAAGGAGAUGAAGGAGAACGUUAAAAAGAUAGACCAUGUUCUUGAAAAUUGGUUGCAAGAACACAAGCAAAAGAAAGAAGAUUCCGGCGACUUACCAAAGGAAGAAGAAGACUUCAUGAGUGCGUUACUGUCGAUUCUCGAUGACGCAAAAGAGCUUUCCAGUAGAGAUGCUGAUACUAUCAAUAAAGCUACGUGCCUGACUCUUAUUUUAGCCGCAUCAGACACAACUGCUAUCACCUUAACAUGGACUUUAUCUUUAUUACUUAAUAACCGCGAUGUCCUGAAGAAAGCCCAAGAAGAACUAGAUAUCCAUGUCGGUAAAGAAAGGCAAGUGAAAGAGUCAGACAUGGCUAAUUUGGUUUUUCUCCAAGCUAUCAUUAAAGAAAGUUUAAGAUUAUAUCCUGCGGCGCCAUUAUCUGUGACACAUGAAUCUAUUGAAGAUUGUACUGUGGGUGGUUACUAUAUUCCGGCAGGCACACGCCUUGUCGUCAAUGUUUCAAAAAUUCACAGAGAUGAAAGUGUCUGGUUAAAUCCUUCAGCGUUUCAACCGGAGAGAUUUCUUACUACUCACAAGAAUAUCGACUUCAAGGGCCAAAAUUUUGAGCUGAUACCAUUUAGUAGUGGAAGAAGAAUGUGCCCUGGAAUCUCAUUUGCUCUUCAAGUUCUGAAUCUCACACUUGCCACCCUUCUACAUUCUUUCGAAAUUGAAACUCCAUCGAAUCAACCAGUUGAUAUGACUGAGAGCGCCGGAAUCACUAAUCUGAAAGCCACUCCUGUAGAAGCGCUUCUCAUUCCACGCCUUCCUGCUUAUCUCUACUAGAAAUAUAUAUACAUAUGCAAGAAAAUAAAUUAGUUUACGUCUAUUUCAAAGAUGCUAAGUUUAUUAUAUGUUCGAUCUCGUUAUGCAUGCAGUCCAUCCCAAUGACUCGUUUGUUAUAUUUAUGCAAGAUAUAUAAUAAUAAUAAUAAUAAUAAAAAGGCUUGCAAAUA